AUGUCAUCUUUUCUGACAAUAUAAAAAGCUAUAAAUAAAGAAAAAAGUGAGCAGUUAUCCAAAUAAGCUUAAAAAAAGAGGCGUAAAAACCAAUACUCUGUAGACUUUGAAUUUGGCAGUAACGUAGAUGUCACUUUACUUAAAGAAAUUUUAGUAAUAACUUAAAAUAUACCUCAAUAUGUACCUGAAAAAAUCAUCUUCAGAUUGAAUUCUAACAUAUAGUUCCCUAUUAUUGUUGAUUCUGAACAAUAGCUAGGAUUUUUGAAUAUUGAUCCUCAUUCCUACAAUUACAAAGUAGCUAGGUACAACAAAUAAAAUAACUAUCACAUUUUUAACUUAGAACCAAUUCAAAGGGAGUUUACAUCUCUUGAGAAAAUUAAGGAAAUAUUAAUGAAAGAGGAAGAGCAAUUGUUUGAGAGUUUCGAAUAAUUUCAUAACAAAAAUACAGAUAUUUCGAAAUACAAUGUAGUAACGGAAUCAAAACUUAUAGAAUUUGAGAGGAGCAUCCAAGUUCCAUUUACAUUAUAUAUACAAAAGAAUUAAAAUGGAAUUGUCACCACGUCAGCAAGAAUAAUGAAUGAUGCCUAUCUCUAAAUGGUAGGAGUUAAUGAAGAAAUGCUUAAGGAUUACGUGUUUAAGACAGGAAUGAUUCCCUAUUCUUUUACUGGCGAUGGGAAUUAUAAAUGGUCUUAAACAUUGGCUUAAAUAUUUAAAAGCAAUGCUUCUUAAGCAUUUGGAGAACUGACUAUAGUUAAUUAUCAAGGUCAAAAGUUUCCUGCCAGAUUGUAUUCUUAAAACUUCCAUAUUUUCGAUUAAGAUGACAAUUCUUAUUCUGAAUACCUUUACUAUUUUUACGAUGUUGAACAGAGGUGGAUGAAUCAGAAUCAAAUAGAUGAAAACUGUUUAGAUUAUUUCAAUAGAAGGUCAAUAAAUAUUAAUGAAGACACAAAUGAGGUCGAGUAUCAAAAGAGAUGUAAAUAUCGAUAAUUAUGA